GUGGAGGGAUUGGCAGAGGGGGGUGGAGACCAGUGGAGGGAUUGGCAGAGGGGGGUGGAGGACACUGAGUGGAGGCCAGUGGAGGGAUUGGCAGAGGGGGGUGGCGGAGAUGGAGUGGUUGGAAAGGUGAAUGAGUUGCUGGCUGCCGUAUUCAGGAUGGACUGAAGCGGGGAUAGCCUGUGGUGAGGCAGGCCAGUGAGGAGGGGGAGUUGCAGUAGUCGAGUCGUGAUAUGAUGAGGGAGUGGAUGAGCUGUUUAGUGGUUUCUGGGGUUAGGAACAUUGGACUUGGGGCUGGAAGGAUAGGUUGGAGUCCAGAAUGACAGCAAGUAG